AUGCUUGAAGUCGGAAUAAGAGUAGUUCGUGGUCCAGACUGGAAAUGGGGAAAUCAAGAUGAUGGCGAAGGUCAUGUGGGUACCGUGGUUGAAAUAGGAAAACCAGGUUCCUCUACCUCACCGGAUAAAACGGUCGUUGUUCAAUGGGAUUCUGGUUCACGUACUAAUUAUCGUGUCGGCUAUCAAAAUGCCUUUGAUCUAAGAGUUUUUGACAAUGCGCAAAUCGGUGUUAGACAUCCAAAUGUCAUUUGUGAUUCGUGUCGAAAACACGGUAUUCUCGGUAUGAGAUGGAAAUGUGGAAAAUGUUUUGAUUUUGAUUUGUGUACCCAAUGUUACAUGCAAGAUAAACACGAUUUAACACAUCCAUUUAUAAGAUUUGAGACGUCAACAAAUACUCAAGGUUACAAACUUCAAUCACGUCAACAAUUGCCGGAGAAAGUCUUGGCGAAAGGAAUAUUCAAAGGAGCAAUGGUGGUGAGAGGUGCUGAUUGGGAUUGGAAUAAUCAAGACGGAGGAAAUGGGCAAGGCAAAGUCACUGAAAUCAAAGGAUGGGAAAGAGAGUCGGGAAGAAGUGUGGCAACUGUUCAGUGGACACAUAAUCAGAAUUUCAAUGUUUACCGAGUAGGACAUAAAGGCAAAGUGGAUUUAAAAUACGUUCAAGAAGCGAAAAAUGGAAAUUAUUACAAAAUGCAUUUACCUGUACUUGGUGAACAUGUCGAACGUCUAUUACCGCCUGUAUUGGGUAUGUCACUAUUUUCAAUUGGUGAAAAGGUUCGUGUGAUGUUGGAUUUGGAUUUAUUGAAACAACUUCAAGAGGGACAUGGCGGAUGGAACAUCAAAAUGGCGGAUGUUAUUGGCAAAAUUGGCUGUGUUCAUCGUGUAACGGAUCGUGGCGAUAUUCGAGUUCAAUUUGAUGGGCUCAAUAAUCGAUGGACAUUUCAUCCGGGUGCAUUAACGAAAGUCCAUGCCUUUUUGGUUGGUGAUUACGUUAAGAUUAGUCCAGAUGAAGAUAAAGUGCGAUUAUAUCAAAAAGGACAUGGCGAAUGGUCAGAAGGAAUGCAAACAAUUGUUGGACGUAUUGGUAAAGUGAUCCAAGUGUAUUCUGAUGGUGAUAUUCGUGUCUCAUGCUUGGGUUCUGGCCAAAUUUACACGUUUAAUCCUCUUUGUUGUUUACCGAUACCCAAACAUCAAGUUGAACUUCAAAACACCAUUGCGUGGAAUGAACAUGAAUGGGCGUCGAAUUCGUUGGCUAAUUCAUGUAAACAACUACAAUUUAUUUAUGAGCGAACGGCAAAUAGUAUGGGUGCACAAGAUGAGGAAGAAAAUGGAGAUAUUGUUCGAUUAGCAGCACAAGGAAAAUACGCUCAAGUCAGAGAUCUAUUAGUCAAAAAUCCACAACUGGUCGACUAUCGUUCGGGUGAUAAAUCAUCGCUAAUGGUCUCCUCUCAUCAAGGUCAUUUAGAUGUUGUCAAAUUAUUAUUAACGUAUCGAUGUAAUUUAGAAUUGAAAGAUUCGGAUGGUGACACGGCAUUACAUUACUCAUGUUUUGGUAAUCAAUCUGACUGUAUGGAUUUACUUAUAUCGAAAGGAGCCGAUAUUAACUCGGUUAAUCUGACAGGAUGUUCAACUUUACAUAUUGCUGUAAAUAAACAAUUUCUCACAUGUACAAAAAUAUUGCUAAAAUAUCAACAUCAACUGGAUAUUAACUUACAAGAUGUUUAUGGUGAUACUGCUGUGCAUGAUAUAGCUAAUACCCGUGUCAAAUAUGGAAGUGAUGUAAAUGUGAUUAGCGAUAGUACUUUAUCUCUCAUUCAAGAAUUUGAAAAUCAAUCAUUACAAAACUUGCAUGAACAGCAAAGCAACUACUCUGGAUCAUCAUCUUCGACUACAGUCGAUCCCAAAGAUAGUCGUGAAUUAAUUGAUUUAAUAUUACAAGUACCAAAUGUUAAUUUUUCGUUGAAAAAUAAACGUGGAUUUAAUGUACUUCAUCAUGCCGCACUCAAAGGAAACUCAUAUGUAACAUCUCGUCUGAUAACUAUCUGUCGUCAAUUAGUCGAUUCAAAAAAAGAUGACGCGGCAUUAAACGGUCACAAAGAUGUAACAUCUUUAUUAUUACGUGAAGGUCAUGCUGAUAUUGAAAUUGUGAAUAAUCGGAAGCAGACGGCGUUACAUUUAGCUGUCAGUCAAGGUCAUACAUCGAUUAUUGAACUUUUAAUUGUUAAUGGAGCUAAAGUGAAUGUUCUCGAUGAAGAUGGUGAUACACCGUUACAUUUAAUUUUAUCCAAACAACAACAAGUACAAGAACCUAAACCAGGUGAAUGUGAUCAAAUAUUAGAAUUUUCCAAAUCUCUUCCGAGUGAAUUUCGUUACGUUCCAAAUAGUGUUAUAGCCGCUUAUUUAGUUAAAAAUGAAGCACCUCUUCUAUGUAAAAAUCGUCACGAUCGAAUGCCUCUGGAUUAUAUUGCACAAGAACAACCACGUUUCAAAGAAUAUUUAACAUUACUUAAUCGAUCAAUAAUAGCCAAACAAAUUCCCACAACAUUUUGUAUGAUAUGCGAUGAAAGUGCUGCCUCUAUCCUAUUCGAACCGUGUAAACAUAAAGUGGCAUGUUAUGAAUGUUGUCUAAAAAUGAAACGAUGUGUUCUUUGUCAAUUAGCCAUUGAACAUAAAUAUCAACCAGAUGGUCAAUCGAUAGCGAUGACACCUUCUCUAUUGGCACCAUCAUCAAAGCCUCAACAACAAACACAACGUCAUGGAAGUGUCGAUAAAUUGAAAGAAUUAGAAUCUAAAGUACAAGAAUUAGAAGAUAGUAAUUUGUGUUCGAUAUGUAUGGAACGUCAGCGAAAUGUUGCUUUUCUAUGUGGACAUACGGCAUGUUCUGAAUGUUCACAACCUCUAAAAACUUGUCAUAUUUGUCGAAAACAAAUAAUGAAAAAAAUUAAUUUAUAUUCUUAA